AUGACACCUUAUGAAGCUUUGUAUGAAAGGAGGUGUCGAACUCCUUUAUGUUGGGCUGAGACUGGAGAAAGAAAGAUCAUUGGAGCUGAUUUAGUAAAUGAUGCUACUGAAAAGAUAAGGCUGAUUCGUGACAGAUUGAAGGCUGUGCAAGAUAAACAGAAGAAGUACUAUGAUGCCAAACAUAGAUUUGUUGAGUUUGAUGUUGUAGAGUUUGUAUUCCUCAAGGUUAGUCCUAUGAAAGGUGUGAAGAGAUUUGACAAAGUUGGAAAACUAAGUCCAAGGUAUGUUGGCCCUUUUGAGAUAUCAGAGAGAGUUGGCAGUGUGGCUUACAGAUUGAUUUUGCCAUCUCACUUGAGUGGAGUACAUAAUGUAUUCCACAUCUCUUCUUUGAGGAAAUAUAUUGCAGAUGAAGCUCAGAAGAUCAGUACUGAAACAAUAGAUAUCCAGCCAUAUCUGACAUUUAUAGAAGAACCUGAGAAGAUCAUAGACUAUGAUGUUAAGCAUCUUCGAAGCAGAGAGAUUCCUUAUGUUAAAGUUAUGUGGAAGCAUGGAACUGAGAAAGAUGCUAAUUGGGAGAAGGAGUCAGAGAUGAAUGAGAGCUACCCUCACCUUUUUAACUAA